AUGGCGGACCCGACGACGGUUCUAGAGGAGGAGUUCGACGAGAACUACGAGCCGACGCAGGAAGACAUUCUCGAGUACGCGCAAUGGCUGGGAAUGGAGUUACCGGAGGAGGAGGAGCUGCUGUGGGUGGCGCGACAGGGGCUCAAGGCACCGCUGCCGCCCAACUGGAAACCAUGUCGCACGGACGAUGACGAGAUAUAUUACUUCAAUUUCCAGACGGGCGAGAGCGUGUGGGAUCACCCCUGCGACGACCACUAUAGAGCCCUGUACACGGAUGAGAAGAACAAGCUCAAGGCGGCAAAGGCUGCUGCAGCAGCAGCCACCAGUGGCAGCAGCAGUCGGAGGGGGGCGGGGCGGGUCGGUUGUUCUCAAUCGCAUGCUCUUCUCCCAUCUCCCAAACCCUUCACACCCUCCCCAUUGCCCAUCCCUUCCCCCGUGCCCAUCCCUUCCCCCGUGCCCAUCCCUUCCUCCAUGGCGCUCCCACCCUCAGCGGAGGCGCAAGGUCGCCCCCAAGGGCUCAAGAGACGCCUCUUUGUUUUAGUCGCCUCAAACAAGGCCUUGAUUGCCCUCCUCCCCGCUCCCCCCUUUCCACUCUCUCUCCCCCCCCCUCUAUUUCCCUGCCCCCUUGCCCAUCCCUUCCCUCAUAUGACGCUCCCGCCCUCAGCGGAGGCGCAAGGUCCGGAGGCGCAAGGUGGUUCCCAAGGGCUCCAGAGACGCCUCUCCGGAUUCGCCAAACGCAGGGGCGAGGGCGUCUCUCCAUCACAGACAGCUCAGAGGAUGACAGAGGAACCAACCCCAACCUUGCUGUUCCCUGCCCCCUCCUCCCCCCGCCCAUUCAUUCGUGCAGGAGUGCCACAGGGGCGGGGGCGCCUCUCUAUCACAGACAGCUCAGAGGACGAUAGAGGCAUGGCGCGCGCUGCUGCUGCUUCCCAGCAGCAAAUGAGACUCCAACAGCAGCAGCAGCAGCAACAGCAGCAGCAACAGCAGCAGUUUCAGCAGCAGCAGCAAAGACAGGCUAGACAGCAGCAGCAGCAGCAGCAGCAGCAGGGGGGGGAGCAAGGGCUAGGGGGUAACCAGCAGAGCAGGAGACCACCCGCAGGGUCGGGAGCAGGGGGAGGGGCAGGUGGAGGUUCGGGUGCUUCCGAUAGGGGAGCAGGAGGUGGAGGUUCGGCUGCUGGAGGGUCGGCGGCAGGUUCGGCAGGAGGUUCGGGGCAGGAGGUAGAGCUGCUGCAUCAGGUCACGUGGUCUCCCGAGCCUGGGCAGGGUCGGCGGUCCCCCAUGGCUAGCUCUCUGGCUCGGGCGGGGUCUAUGGGUGCUGCUAUCAAGGGGAAGCCCACAGUUUUGGAAGAAACGGAUGCAGAGGAAUGGGAAACGUCUGAUGACGAAACGGGCACCAGACCCCCUUCAUCAGCUGCUGCUGCUGCUGCUGCUGCUGCUGCUGCUGCAUCAGCAUCAGCAGCAGGUGCAGCAGCAGCAUCUGGACUUCCAGUUUCCCAAUCCCCCGGUGUUGUGCCUAGUGCUGCUGGAGGGGGGGGACAGGAGGCAGGCGCAGGAGCAGGGGGAGGAGGGGGAGGGGGAACAGGGGGAGGUGGGGGUGGUGGUCGGGGGGGCGGUAGAGGAGGAGCCGAGGGUUACCACCAACAGCAGCAACAACAGCAGCAGCAGAAGCAUGGAAUGGUGCCUCGGAGGGCGGGUGGAACGCCGAACCAGAACCAGGAGGUUCGGCGAGGAGGGGGAGGAGGGGCAGGGGGUGUUGGCGGCGGUGGUGCGGAGGGUGGGGGCAGGGGGGAAGCAGGUAGCAACAGCAGAAGACCAGGGAGUUCUGAUAGGGUGGGAGGGGAAGCUGGAGUGGUGGGAGCAGGAGUGAGUGGUGUGGGUGCUGUUGGUAAGGGAGGAGCAGAGGGACGGGAGGGCCGGGAGGGGAGGGAGAGGAGGGAAGAGCGAGGAGAAGGAGUCGGGGGGAGGCAGGAGGGGGAGGGGAAGGAGAGGCGGAGGUCUUUGGAGGGGCGGGGGAGUGGCACGGGGGGGGAGAGGGCAGGGGAGAGAUCCGCGGAGAGGGGGGAUCCGAGGGAUGGGCGGGGGGGAGAGGGGGCGGGGAGAGGAGGGCCGAAGAGAACUAGCAGCACAGAUGCCCAGGGGGGAGUGGGUAACGGCCAGGGCAGUGGUCAGGGCAUGCAGGGUUACUCAAGAGGAGGAGGGGGUGAGGCUAGUCAAGAUCCGCAGCAGAGAGGCGUAUCUGGUGUAGGUGGUGCUGGUGGUGCUCGCAAGGCGUCUGGGCUGGCUGAUGGGCGGCUUGCAGGAGGGGCGCAAGGGGGAGGCGUAGUGCAAGGGACGGUGCAGGCGGGUGGCUCUGGUGGUUUGCUGGCGGCUGCAGCGGUGGAGAGACAGAAACGGGAAGGGGAGGAGGUGGCGGGUAAAGGAGGGCCAGCUAAGGAGCGUGAGCCUCUUGGUCAGGAACCCAAGGAUAAAGACGCUGAUGCUGAGGACGAUGAGGUGACUCGCCUUCGGGAGGCAGCAGCAGCGGCGCAGCGUCGAAUAUCGCGGUACGAGGCGGAGUGUGACGGGCGGCUGGCAAAACUCAAGGCGGAGAGGGAGGCGCUGGUGAGGCGGCGAGAGGUGGAGAUCACACGGCUGGCGGAGCAGCUUGGCACGCCCUUUGACGCGGGGGCACUCACCCAAGCGCGCAGUGUAGCAGUGGACGAGGGGCGAGCGCUCAUAACACGGGAGAGAGAUGCAGCCGUGGCAGCAGCCAAGGAGGAGGUGGAGCGGGAGAGGCAGCGGGCCAUGGCUGUGCUGCGAGAGGAAGCUUCCCUGAAGGUGGCGUUGGAGCGGCGGCACCUGCAGGUGGAUCCUCAGGUGGUGGCGCUGGUGAAUCUGGAGGAGGUGGCCCGGCAGCAGGAGUUUCUGAAUCGGUGGCGUGCAGCACUGGAGCAGGAGAAUCCACAAGUCCUAGCGCGAUGGAAGGCGGCAGCAACGGAGGAAGAGCAGCGAAUGCUGGAGCUGGCGCGGAGAGAAGCAGCAGCGCGGGUGGAGCGAAUAGUAGAGCAGGAGGAGCGGCGGGAGCGAGAAUCAGCCCUCAAGGGCAUCCGAGAGCGGGUUCGGGCAAAGCUAGGGGAAGAGGAGAGGCGGAUCGUUGCCCAGGAACGGGCAGAAAUGGCUUCCCGUAUUGCCGAAGCUGUCGCGGAGGAGCGGGAACGGCUCGUGGAGGCUCGGCGGAAGGAGGUGUUGGAUCGGGCGGAGAGGGAGGCUGGGGAGGAGGCGGAGAAGAGGAGACAGGCGAGGUUGCUGGAGGCUUGGAGGAGGGUAGAGGCUGAGGUGGAGGGGGUGCAGGAGGAGGGGUGGGAGAGUGUGGUGGGGAGGGCGAGGGGAGUUGCAGAGGAGGCAGGGAUUUCAAUGGAUGGAGAAAAGGGGAAAUUGCUAGAGAUUGUGCGGUGGUCGCUGGAGGAGGAGAGGAAAGAGUUGAGUGAACAGAGGGUGGCUGAGGUGGUGGAAGCGUUAAAGGAGGAAGAGAGGGAGGUUGUAGCGCGGAUGAGGAAGGAGAAGGGGGUGAAUGGAGAGGUGGUGGGUGCUGAUGGGGUUGGCGGUGCUGUGAGCGCUGCUCUGAAGGCCCGGGCGGAGGAGGAAGCUGCUGGGAAGCUGGAGAGGUUGAGGAAGGAAGCGGAGGAGAGAGUGAGGGAGCAGGUGAGAGGAGAGGAGGCUGCGUUGCUGGCCAGAAGGAGAGGGGAGAUGGAGCAGAGGGCUGAAGCGUUGGGCAGAGGCGGGAAGGGUGCGGUGAUUCAGCUGGAGAAGGAUUUCCUGGAAGGGGAGUUAGGGGAGAAGAUCACACUUAUGAGGAAAGAAGCGGAGGAGAGGGAGGUGCGGGAAAGGGAGAGGCUUAAAGCGAGUAUAGAGAGGCGGCUGGAGGAGGCUGUGGAGGGGGAGGAGAGGGCGAUGGAAGGGGUGGUGGAGGAGAGGAAGAAGGAGAUGAGGGAGAGGGCCAGGCGGGCUGUUCAGGAGGAAGAGAAGAAGCUUCUAGAGGAGAUGCGAGCGCAGGUUCGGAAGAAGGUGGAGGAUAGGUUUGGCGCCGAGGCUGAGAGCUGGGCAGGUUCGGUGAGGGAGGAGUUGAUGGAGCAGGCGAAGAGGGAGGUGGAAGAGGAGGUUGAGGAGUGGCGGAGGAAGGAACUGGCUGGUGCUGGGGUGAAGGGGAGUGGGAGGAAGGGUAGGAAGAGGGGAGGGAAGAAGGGGAAGGAGGACGGGGGAGAGGAGGAGGAUGAAGAUGGGGAGGAGGAGGAAGAUGAGGAGUUGGAGGAGGAAAGGGAGAUGAGGAGGCAAGAAAUGAUGGAGGAAUUAGAGGAGGAGGUUGAGACAGAGAAGCAGAGGCGGUGGGAGGAGAUGGAGGAGGAUCUCAUCAGCCAAUGGGAGGCCAAGAAAGAGGAGCGGCUCGCUGAGCUGGCGCGAAAAGUGGACGCUGACGUGGCGGAGGGGUAUGAGAAGUUGAGAAGGGAGAAGGAGGAGGAGAUUGAGCGGAAGAUUUGGGAGCAGAAGGUCGCUGAGGUGGACGGGCAGAUUGGAAAAUUGCUCGAGGAGGAACGGGCAGUUCGGCUCCAAGCUGCCCGAAAAGUCAUGGAUGCUUCGUUAAGAAAGCAAAUCGCGAGUGAGAGGGAGGAGAGUCUGGGGCAGAUGAGGAAGGAAUGGGAUGAAAUGGAACCAGAGCAGCAGGAGGCUUGGGUGAUGCAGCAGAGAGAGGAGAAGGGGCGGAGGAUGGAAGAAGAGAUGAAGAGGCGGGUAGAGGAGGAAGUAAGGGAUUACAGAGAGAGAAUGCUGGCGACAGUUGCCGCAGAGGAGAGGGAGGUGCGGUCGAGAGAGAGCAACAAGAGAGACCUGGUGAGGAUUGAGAGAGAGUACAAGCGGCAGAGGCAGGAAAUGGAGUUGAGGGCCUCACAUGCUCUAGAGGCGUUUAGAACGGACCUGAGCGUGAGGCUGGAGCGGGAGAAGCUGAGACUGAGACGGGAAGCGAAGCACGCUCUAGAGAGGUAUGAAAUUGAGCUGGAUAUUAAGGUGGAGAAAAAGGUGGAGUCUAUGAGGGUGGACCUUCAGAUUAGGCUAGAAGCUAUGCGGAGGGAGAUGGAGGUGACUCUGAGGAAGAAGGUGGAGGAGGAGCGGGUGAGACGGCUGGAGAUUCUGAGUCGCGAGUUGAAGGCGGAAGAGAGGGAGAUGAGGCGGGGGUGGAGAGAGCUUAUGGCGCAGGAGGAAGCCAAGGUGAGAAGGCAGUACGAGCAGAGAAGGAAUCUGUUGAGUAAUGCGCUAGAGAGUGAGUCGAGUGGUGUGGAGGGGAGAGGGGGCGGUGUGGGGGGAGAGGAUGGGAAGCAGCGAGGCGGGAGGGGUGCGAACCGGAACCCGCACCAGCAGGUUGGGUUCGGCGGGUUAGGUUCGGGCGGGGUGCGGGGGAUGGGAGGGGGGAUGGGUGGGGGCGGAGGGGGGAUGUUUGGCGGGAUGGGGGGCGGGAUGGGGGGAAUGGGCGGGAUGGGGGGGAUGAGGUUGAUGGAUGGGAGUGGGGGGAGUGGAGGGGGAUUCAGGCUUCUAGAGGUGGCUAAUGAGAAGGUGGGUGGGGGUGGGGAGGGUAUGGGAGGGAGAGGAGGAGCGGGAGGAGCGAGAGGGAGAGUGGGCGGCGGAGGAGGGAUGGGAGGGAUGGGAGGGGGCGUAGGGGGAAUGGGUGGGGGUAAUAUGGGCGGGUCUUGGCUGGAAGAGCUGAGGAGUGGCGGGGAAUCAGAUGUGAGUCUGAGUCAUGGGUUGAGUGCUAGUAGGGAGUUUGAACCGGGGACAGGGGAGGACAGAGGGAGGAGAGGCAGAGGGAAGGGAGUGAGGCGGAGAGGGGAGGGUGGGGAUGGGGAGGAGGGAGAGGAGGAGGAGGAGGAAGAGGGAGAAGGUGAGGAGGAGGAAGAGGAGGAGGGGGAGGGGUUGGAUCUGGGACAGGGGCGAGGGGGGCUAGGAGGGAUGGUGGAGGAGGGAGGGUCCAUGUCUGAAGAGCCUGAGCAGCUGGAGGGGCAACACGACCGGCAGCAGCAGCAGCAGCAUCACCAAGAGAAAGCCAACACAGCAGGAGCGGCAGCAGCAGGCGGGGCAGCAGCAGGAGUGGCAGGGGCAGAGGCAGGGGCAGGGGCAGCGGCGGCGGUGGCAGCGGGUGGUGAAGUGGCUGCGAGUGCCGCGAGUGGGCUUGGGAGUGCCGAGCCAGAUCGAUCCGACGAGGCUGAUAGCAAGAAGGACGUGGACUCGCUCCCCCCUGAGGCCACAGGGGGAGCGGGUGCCACAUGGGGCGCAGGGGGGGAGCGGGGAGAGCGGGGGGAGAGGGGGGAGCGGGGAGAGGUAGGGGCGGAUGGGGCUGGCGGGCUGGAUGGUGGGGGAAGAGACGGAGGGGGAGGGGGAAAGGCGGGGGGAGAAGCAGCAGGGGGCGGCACAGCAGCGGGAGGGGCGGAGGGGCAGGGAACAGCAGUAGCAGUGGCCUUGGGGCCGCAUCCAUUGGGAUCUCCUGACGAUUCGGGAAGCAACUUCGGGGAAAGUUCCUCAGAGCUCCCGAGGUUGACGCUGGGGGGGGCGGGCGGGGAGGGGGAGGCGGCGGGGCUGGCGGGGGACUGGAUGGGGCGCGGGUGGGCGAAGCCGGGGCAGAGGCGGUCGAGGAAUCGCAACAGCGGGAAGGCGGCACGACAGCCGAAUGACGUCGCGGAUUAUUACUCCGAGUGGAGCGAGUCGGGGUCUGACCUGGUGAGCUCUUCCGCUCUUCUCAACUCCCCUCAACCCCUCCCAACCCUCUCCCAACCCUCUCCCAACCCCUCCCAACCUUUUUCAAUUCCUUUCAACGAGCUAGCGGAUAGGGAGUUAAGGCCAGGGGGCGGCAGGAAGGGGAUGGACGACGGAGAGCUAGCGGAUAGGGAGUUCAGGGCAAGGGGCGGCAAGAAGGGGAUGGACAACGGGGACAAACUCUUCAACUCCACUCACCCCCCUCAAUCCCUCUCAACUCCUCUCAAUCCCCCUCAACUGCUUCUCACGUCUGUCUGUUCCUGCUCAACCGUGUGCCACUUUUACGUGCAGGAGCUAGCGGAUAGGGAGUUCAGGGCGGGGGGCGGCAGAAAGGGCAUGGACAACGGGGACGAGCUCUUUGACGAGGAAGGCGUGCCCUUCAGUGAGCGAGCAUCCAUGGUGGAGCAAGCAAAGCUGUUUCCAGCGGAGCAGCAGAAAUACCUCAAGGAGCGCCAGGCUGUCAUCGAUGCUGAUUACUCCCCUACUGCUUGCCCUGUGCUGCCCCUGUGCCCCACCAGUGAGCGAGCAUCGAUGGUGGAGCAGGCAAAGCUAUUCGCUGCAGAGCAGCAGAAAUAUCUCAAAGAGCGCCAGGCUGUCAUCGAGGCCGCCUGGCAGGACUGGCAGCGCCAGAUGGCUGCCGCCCAGGAGGUCUCAGAUGAGGACGACAGACGCCGCCGCAUCCAGCACCUGACGGAUCUUAAAGCCACAUUGGACCAGCAUGUUAGGGAGCUGAAUGACGACGCCAGGCAUGUCAGUCAACUCAAGAAGAAUCUGCUGAGUUUUUCCAGAAAUGGGGCGAAUAGUGGGGCAGGGAGUGGGCCUGGUGCGGGGAGCGGUGGUGGGAGCGGGGAUUUCGGGAGAGGAGGGAGGGGAGGGAGAGGGGAAGGAGGGAGGAGGGACGGGGGAGUGGGAGGGAGGGGAGGGGCGGGGGGAAGAGGGGAGGGGGGAGUGGGGAUUCCGCCAGGUGGCGGCGUGCGAUUGGAUCAGAAUGGGCCGCUGUUGAAUUUCCCGCCGGAUGCGAUUAUGUCCCGAGCCUCGUCGUUUGCUUCGGCGAGCAUGGGUCGGGAGAGCUUCGAUAUUGAUGAGAUGAUGGGCGGGCUAGGGCUGGAAGGGCCCUGGUCCAGACCUAGUCCCCGAAGCAGCCUUGGAGGCACGGGGGACAUGAUGGGAGGAGGUUCGGGUGGAGCAGGAGUGGGGGCAGGUGCAAGAGGAGGGGGGAUGGCGGGAGGGGCAGGGGGGGGGAGUGGAGGCAUGGGGAUGGGAAUGGGGAUGGGUAUGAGGGGCGGCAGUGGUGGUGCUAGCAGUAGUAUGGGGGGAAGGGGAUUCGGUGGGGGGAUGGGAGGGGGAAUGGGUGGUGGGGGGAUGGGUCGAGGAGGCGGGAUGGGGGGAGGAGGGAUGGGGGGGAUGGGAAUGGGGGGAGGCGGGAUGGGAGGGGGGGGGCUAGGAGGCAGGGACUCGUGGUUUGAUGAGGUGUACGGGUCGAGUUCUGCUGUUACAUCCCCCACUCUCUCCCCGCCUGGCGUUGCGGGCAGAAAUAUUUUCCAGGGGGAGUUUGACCUGGGGGAGGGGAGUGGCGGAGGGGGCAGCGGCGGGGGGAGGAUGGGGGGAGGAGGAAUGGGAAUGGGGGGUGGCGGAGGGUUGGGAGGAGGGGGAGGAAGGAGAGGAGGGGGGAUGGAGGAGGGAGGGGCGAGGAGGGGCGGGGGAGGGGGAGGUGGAGCGGGAGCGGGGAUGGAAGUGGAGGGCGGAGGAGCAGAGUUCAAGUUUGGUAAUCUGCUGCCUGGAGCUCAAGCACAACCCGAUCCCCUGUGA